ACAUUAGAGGAGUGGGAAACAAAAUAAUAUUCAGAAAUAUAAAAAUAAAUGUAAGAUAUGUAUAAAAUAUAUGCACAGUGAUGGAGAUGGGGGAGGACCAGCUGGAAAAUUAGGAAGUACCUUUUGAAAGUACUUUGAAGGAGAUGACACUUGAGCCAAGCCUUGAAAGUAGCCAUAGUUUCAGAAAAGGAAGACAUUAAGUAUUGAGUACAACCUGUGCAAAAUCAUGGAAGAAAAAAAUGGAAUGUUAUGUAUGGGAGACAGCAUGUAGAUCAACAUAGCUGGAGUAUAGAAUGUAUUAGGAGAAGUUAAUAUAUAAUCAGCCUAGACCAAUGAGCUGAAAAUCAGGUUGUAAAUGGACUUAAAUAUUAAACAGAAGUUUCUAUUUUAUCUUAGAGAUACCAGGGAACUAGUGAAGUUUCUUAAGGAAGUAAAUGAUUAGUCAUCUUCUGUUAGGAAUAUAAUUUUGGCAGCUCUGGAGACCUUGAAAGGAGAGAGAUACAGAUCAUCCAAAUGAAAGACUGUUGUAAUAGUCCAGAUGGGUCAUAUGAGUAAAGAGAAGGGGGAAAGAUAUGGAAGAUAUUGAGGGGACAGAAUCAACAAAAAAAAUAAAUGAAUGAAGGUGGGGAGUGACAGAGUAGAGUCAAGGAUGACUCCAAGUUUGUGAACCUUGGUGAAUAUUGAGCUACCCUGAAUAGGAAUAGGAAAGUUAAGAGAAAAGAUAUCAUUAGUUGGAAGGAGAAUAAGUUCUAUAUUGAACAUAUUGAGUUUGAGCUGCCUAUUGAACAUACAAGCAGAGUUGUACAGCAAGCUGUUGAAGAUAAAGGUCUGAAUAUGUAAAUUUGAGAACUCUCUGCCCUAAGAUGGUAGCUGAUUCCAUGGGAACUGAUAAUAUCAGCAAGAGAGAGAGGAGUUAAGAAGGAGGAUCCAAGACAAAGCCUUGGGGUACACCCAUAAAUAGGGAGCAAGUCCUAAAAGUCAUCCUUCAAAGGAGAUGAAGACACAUAAAUCAGACGGGGCAGAUAAGAACCACAACAGGGAAAUUCAGAGAGAAGAAACAAUCCAGAAGGAGGAGCAUGUUUAUGAAAAAAGCAGUGGAACACCUUCCAAGGCAGAGGAAAAGAAAAAAGCUGAAACAUCUGAGGAAAAAGCAGCAAGUCGUGGUAGCAAACACCCCUCUAGGAUAUCAACAAGUGGAACGACCUCUAGUAAGGCAUCGACUUCCUCUCCUGCUUCAGUCAGUACUCUCAGUAUGAAUCCCACAGAAACCAAGGCUACUCCAAUCAAUAAAGAGACCAAAGGACUGCAUUAUCAUGACAAGAAAAAGAAAACUCCCCAGGCUAAAAAAACAGAAACUGAAGAAAAAACACAGACAACCAAGGCUACUGAACCUCCUGUAAAAGAUGUUCAUGGGAAAAACUCAGAAGAAGACAAGAAGCAAAAACAUCCUGCCAAGCAAGUGUUGGCCACAGAAAGUAAGGAUUCUCUUGCUGGAAAAGAGACCCUCAAGCCUACUGACCAGCCAACACCAGGGAAACCAACAGAAGACUCCCAGAACAAAGAAAAAAUAUCUCAGCCUUUAUCUGGCCCAGUAAAAGCUGAAUCCACUAAACCUUCUAAAGAGAGUUCCUUCAGCGAUGCUUUAGAUGAUUUAGUAGACACAUUGGGAGGACCUGAAGAAAAUAAACCAGAGAGUCCAAAAUAUUCAGGGCCUCAAGUUUCGGAUCCAUUUUCUUCCACUUAUAUAGAGGAGUUGGGCAAAAGAGAAAGCACAAUUCCACCAGAAUACAGACACCUACUGGAUAGUCAUGAAGGGGCAGCCACAGGCCCACCAGAUUCUGAGAAGCAAAUGGGAGCUGAUGAAGCUAUCGAUUCCCUAUCAUCAGGCUUCACUUGUUCUACAGCUACAGGAAAGACAACGGAUAAAGAGAAAGCUUCAAAAGGAGAGGUUUUAAAAGCCCCGUCAACAAAACCAGUCAAAAGUGCUGCUCCUCCAGAAGAGAAGAAACGAAGGAUAGAAGGAAAGAUGUAUCCUCACUAUUCCAACCAAGGUGUAGAAGAUCUAAAUAUACUACUUUCCGACAGAGGACUCGGGUCUUUGCCACCUCCUCCUUCAAAAAAAAAUGUUGUUGAGCCACCAUCUUCCAGUGAUCCUAUAGACUCUCUUAGUGAAACACUUGGCCACCCAGAAGAGGAACCUUUGCAGAGUAUACCUCCCUCUGAAGAAGUUGAUGAGGCAAAAGCCAGGGAAGAAAGACUAAAAAAAUGUGGUGAAGAUGAGGAUACACUCCCAGCUGACUACCAAUUAAAACCAGCAAUGGAUAAAGAUGGGAAACCUCUAUUACCAAAGCCUGAAGACAAAUCCAAGCCUAUAAGUGAAUCCAAACUUAUUGAUGAAUUAUCCAAAGAUUUUGAAAGUUCUGAACCUCAACAAAAAAAACUGGAACCAGUUGAAAAAACAAAAAAUUCUGAGACUCCAGCCCAUGCUCAUGUUAAAGAAGUUGUUUCAAAAACUUCCAUGUGUAGUGUGCAGGAUGCCCCUCCAAUGCUAAUGUAUCCUCACUAUUCCAACCAAGGUGUAGAAGAUCUAAAUAUACUACUUUCCGACAGAGGACUCGGGUCUUUGCCACCUCCUCCUUCAAAAAAAAAUGUUGUUGAGAAGGGACAAGUGUCCGAUGAUGCUGUGGAAGCCUUAGCCGGCAGUCUAGGAAAGAAGGAAAUUGAACCAGAGGAAACAAAACCUGCAGUGGAUAAAAUAAAGGAGAAAUCCAAAGAAGAAAAGCGGGAAAAAGUAGGUGAAAAAGAGGAAACAGUGCCUCCCGAAUACAGAUUAAAAGCAGCAAAGGGUAAAGAUGGAAAACUUCUUGAGAAAAAACAAAGUGAAAAAACUUCACUUAUGAGUGAUGAUGACAUCCUAGAUGCUUUGUCAGAGGGGUUUUCAUGUUCCAAAGCACCUGUAACCUGUGCAGAGAUAUCUACAACACAAAAACCCAAAGACAAGAAACGUUCUACUGAGGCCACUGUGAUGGCUGACUCCACAGCUCCUCCAACAGGCUCUGCAAAUCCACCUGAUGCCUCACAAAAAGAUGAGGGGCUUGAUGAUGCAUUAGAUGAGCUCUCUAAAACCCUUGGGGAAAGAAAAUCAGACCCUGAUGACAACAAGCCAAUGGAGGAUAAAGUAAAGGAAAAAGCUAAAGCUGAACAUAGAGAUAAACUAGGAGAAAGAGACGACACCAUCCCUCCUGAUUAUAGGCAUCUUCUUGAUAAUGACAAGGACGGUAAACCAGUAAAGCCACCACCCAAGGAUCCCAAGAAUUCUAAAGAUGGUGGAGACCCCAUUGAUGAACUCUCAGAAGGGUUUGACAACUGUUCCCAGACUCCAUCUUCAGAAGGUCCAAAGAAAUCAACAAAGAAAAAAGAUGAAAAGGAUGUUUCUAGCACUAAACCUAAGAAUGGUGGAAAAUCAAAGUCUAAAGAGAAAUCCUCCAGAUCAAAAGCCGAUGGAGAUAAGACAAGUUAAAAGUUCAGACUCCUUUUAGGCUCUCUGCACAUGCUAGAAAAUCUUCAUUCGACUGGUGGAUGGUGACUUCAAGCAAACCAAAGGCUCUUGCAGCAGAAAGCAGUUAUUGAGGGUGGCUUCUUUUUUGUACAGUGGUAUUUGAGGAGUCUUUUGACAUACUGAAAAGUUAGUUUCAUGUUCUUUUCCAGGAAAUGACUGGGAUUUAUCAUAGUUGCCUGUAUUAUUUUCAUAAGCAUUGAUAAUUUUUUUAUUUUCUUCAUUUGGGAGGGAAAGGAUGCUUUAUAUUUGUAAGAAAUAUAUUUCAUAAAAAGUUACUUAUGGCAACUAAAAAAGUCUGCAAACUUUUGCACAUGUUCUCCACACAGUGCCUGUCAAUCUUAGUAGGUUUCUUCCUGUUUCAAAUAAUUUUUGGAACAUGUGAAAAAUGCUUUCAGUGUUCUGGAAUGUUAUGAUUGCUAGUUAUCCUUUGCUCCUUGACUCUUGGGAAGCAUUGGACAUUUCCUUGGGUGAAUGACUAAUAAGAAUUUAUAGGUCAAAUAUAAAAUAUUGUAUAAGGACCACCAUGGCUGCUGAUAAUAAAAGAACAAUAAAAACCCUGGAUAGUACCUUUUCUACAGAUCAAUGAGCAAAGUGCAUCAUGCGGCUUAUUUUUCCUUGACUCUUCUCCCCUUUUCUCAGAAGAAUCAGGCUUUCCUAAGCUUGCAUGCCAACAUGCAAUAUACUGAAGCGUGGAUGGAAAAAACAUUACCAGAACAAAAGAUGGGCAGUUCCUGUCCCUCUGUGGCAAUAGCCUCACAGCUAAUACCAAGCAUGAAUAGAAAUAAGUUUUUGGAAUGCACUUGUGCCUUCAACAAUUCAUUUUUGUUUUCAUCUUCAGUUCUGCUUGUCAUUGAAGAUUAAUGCAGGUGUCUCUGUUCUUUAUGUAAAACUUGAAUAUAGUUUUUAAAAGCAAUAUUAAAACCUUAGUCUUUGCACUGUACAUACUUUGUGGAAAGUAAGUUUGCCAAAUAAGGACAAAAAUAAUUUUGCUGCUUAAAAAAAAAACAUGAAACUUGGUGUUCCGUCUCCCUAAAACAAUUUUAAUCAAGCUCUGAUGUUUGAGAACAGUUUUUCUCAAGUAAGAAACUCCAAGGAACCAUGAAGCAGCCUGGGGUGGAGGGUUGGUUUGGUUUUGGUUUGCUGAGCCUUCUGAUGAUAUUGAGCAUUAAAAAUAAUUUUAGAAGACUUUACUAUAAGGGCUCUUCCAAAGCUUUGUUUAGGAUUGUACCAUUGCAAAAAGUCUGAGAACCACUGUUCUGGAGGUAUGAAUGGCUAAUAAAGUAUUUUGAAGAUAAAUAAGUUUAUGGGAAUGGCACUAUACAGCUGAGUAUGAAUAAUUGUUUCAUUUGGUCUUUAAAUUUUUUAAUACCUGGUACUGAGUGAAGAGCUACUUGGGUCAUGUUACAUAGACAAAAUUUGAAAAAUUAUGUUUUUAGAGACUGUAAUGUCGCCAAACAUCACAAUUAGAAAUUUCACCUGUAAAGACAAGUUUCUGUGACACUGACUUCCUUGAGGAAAUCAAGGAGCUUUUUAUAAACAAAAAAUAAAUUGGAGGGGAAUGAGGUGACAGGAUGUCACAAAAGACACCAAAACCCUGCUGCUGGUGGGAGAUGAGCCCCAUGGGAUAUGUUCCACAUCUGGACUCAAAGUACAUCUUGGUAAGAAAGCUUAAUAAAUCAUAGGUUCUGAACAAACCCUGAUUUGUGAGAUUGUGACUGUGAGUGGAAGUUGUUGUUAUAUGUAUUGGAGCAAAGAAGCCCAGAGAUGGCAGUUCAUUUAUGAAAAAAAGGUAACUGAACUUGAUGUGGGAAUGAUGCAUCAUUAAGCAAGACUUUU